AUGGUGAUUCCUCAAUUGCGGCGACAGCUCACAGAGUGUAUUGGUACAGAAGACACGUCAACGGUGUACGCCGCGGAGGCAUGUGGGAUACGAUUCGCGUUGCAAACGCUGAUACGAUUCGCGGAAGAUGAUACGCGUCUUAAAAAGGUGGCAAUCUUUUCGGAUAGUCAGGCAGCGCUCCGAGCAAUGCUCAAUCCAAAGAUGAGCUCGGGUCAAGUAUAUAUCCAGGACUGUAUUGAAUCGUACUGGGAAUGCGUGGAAAUGGGUAUCGACGUGGUUUUGUAUUGGAUUCCAGGUCACGAAGGCAUUCCCGGGAACGAAGCAGCAGAUCGAGCAGCGAAACGUGCAGCAAUGAUGGGCGCACGACGACAAGUCGUACCAGGCGAUAUCAAGAAUUGGACCAUGCUCGGCGCUGCGGCACGUCGCCGCAUUCGCCGUGAAGUCCACGAUACAUGGAUAAAAGCGUGGAACAAGCAAAAGAGUGGAAAACCUACCAGAAAGCUGAUUCCGCGACCAUCCAAGAGCAUUUUCCAGUAUUGGGCUGGGCUACGCAAAGCCACGUCCUCAAUCUUGAUACAGCUUCGUACGGAGCGAAUCGGAUUGGCGCAAUAUCUCUGGCGUAUCAACAAACGUGACAAUCCGCAAUGCAGCUGUGGACUAUCAGGUCAAUCUAUACGUCAUAUUCUGCUCGUAUGCCCGCUCUACGCGGACGAGCGAGCACUCAUGUGGACGCGCAUCAAAGGCUUCCGACGGACCACCGAUUUGCAAGCGCUAUUGGGUGAGAAGAAAGCUGCAGUCGCGAUCGCUCAGUUCAUCCAAGAUACGGGGAUCUUACCUCAAUUUGCCGGCGCGGAUCCGCAAGCAAUGGGCACAAUAGAGCAAGAUAUCGAACCAAGCGACGAGGGCACUGACUUGGUUACACACAUUACAACGCUCCCAGGUGACGUGAGCGCCAGGUCUGCUCACUCACCCGUAAGGACCAAUAACGAUACAGAUAUUAGCUUAGGACCAAUACAAAGCGAGCCAGUUGACGAGAACGAACGUGGGGAUGAGUGCGGAGAUGUAAACGUACGAAUGGGUGAGAAUCCGUACGUUGGGGACGUACAGGCGGAUGUAGGAAUUGGUGCACGUACACGCGCGAUUGAUAUGUGGGAUUGA